GCUAUUAUUGCUGCUCUUAUUGCUUCGACAGCUCUUAUUCCACAGCGAUUUUGAAGGACUAAUGAAGUUCGUGAAUUUAUGCGACUUCAGGGCAGUGGCUACAUAUUUUUGUGUAGUGGAGGUUAGAGUUAUGUCUGUAAAUGAAUCUUGGAGUUCUAAACCGCAUGAAUUCUAAUCAAAAGGAGGACAAGAUAUACCAAGAUAAGAUGUAUGUCGACUGGUCCUCCUUUUCAUUCUUCAACCAGAGCAACAUAGAAAAUAGAUCUGUAUUGACAUCCUUACCACUCUCACCUGAUGCACUCAAACAAAUAGUUACACUUGUUGUACAGCCAAUUGCAACCAACAUAGGCAUAACUCAUCCAUCACCUCUCUCGGCAAAGUUGAAUACUGACAGAGAAGUUGCUUGGUGUAUGGAAGUUAUUGGUUAUGGAUUAAGUUUACCACUUAAUAUAGCCACAACAGAGCAUGACCCAAUCCGAGAUUGUGUUCAUGUUUAUUGUGAGUGGCUUUCAGCAUUGCUUCCUCAACCCAGAUCUGCGGUUCCCCUUCCAUUGCUGAAACUUCCCAACCACUAUUCCAGGAAAAUUAUAUGCCAACUCUUCCAGAUAUUCAUUCCCAGACCUGGAGAAGCUCCGGAUCUGAUAAAUCGUCAGGCCGUUCUUUGUCACAGAGUUCUCAGAACAAUUCAAUCUGUCGUUACUAACUCAUCAAUAAUUGAUCAAGAUACCUGGGAUUCGCUUCUUUUGCUUCUCAUGACCAUCAACGAUGUUCUCUUGGCCCCUCCUACUGUUCCAAAUGAUAUUGGGGAUCAACUUUGUGAUCGAGUUUUAAGUGUCCUUUUUGAAAUUUGGCUUCAUGCAUGCGCCAAAAGUUUUCCCUCUCCUCGGAUGUGGAAAACGUUAACGGAAUUGGCCCAAUCAUGGCGACAUCGAACUAGUUUGAUUACCCAAUGGAAUCGAAUCAACUUAGCCCUAACGUCUCGGUUACUAACCGAAUUAUACGGUCCUCAAUUUCUAAAACCGGCAGAUGAUGAACAAAUUCUGGUUCCAGUAGAGUUGUCUGGUAAAGUCUUAACGCAAGCUUGGUAUCGCCUUUUGCACUGCAUAGGUAACCCUGUGCAAUUGGCUCGUCCAAGUAUAAUAAGCCAGACUCACAAAUUUUUGCAAUAUACUAUAAUUAGUUCUCAGCUUUCAGAUCCCAGCCAGCACCCUUGUUUGUUUUCAUUGCCUAAUAUCUUUGUGGAAGCAAUGAAAGGCAUAGCUGGACUCGUUGAUGCAUUCCUUGGGUUGCGUUCCUCCGUUUUCCCACACGAAAGAACAGAACGUAGGACACACAGUGGAAGUAUUGGGCGCACGUCAUUUCCCGUCGAUAAUGCCGGAUCAACUUCUAUUCUGCAUAGAGCUCGUUGUAACUCUCUCCUUCAUCUUUUCGGUUCUUGGCUUUUUGAAGCGACUUUAAUUGACUGCGAAACUCAAUUUAACCUGAAAACCUCCACUGCGGAAACCAGCUCCUCUAGCUUGCACUUGACUGAUCGAUCACGGGCUUCAAGUGUUAGUGUCACUAGUGAAUCAUCACUCCAAUCCAACCGUCCACGUAGCGCUACUGUGGUUGAGCUACCCCCCGACACUGCAAAUGUUGGUGCAACAUUAGAUGGUUAUGAAAGUGGUCGAGCCGAAGCACUUGGAGCUCUCUGUCGAAUCUUUUGUUCGAAAAGUACGGACGAAGACAUACUUCCGCAGUAUCUUGCUCGCUUCUAUGUGGUGCUAAACAAUGGCUUAAAAAUAAAAGAUGAAAAGUUCAUCAGUGAAGCCAUGGCAAGCAUUCUGUUGCAUUCUGCUGAUUUGUUUCGUGUGAACUUGGACGGUGUUUUUACUCUGAUCCCAUCAGUGAUAGAUUCAUUAGAAGUAAUCUUACUCUCCAAAGAUCUUAAAAUCAAGCCUAGCGUAAACCGAGUAGAACUACGACGAGCUUCUAUCCAUGUGCUUGUUUCGAUUCUUGCAGCACCUCUUCAUUUUCAUUCAUUGCCGAUCAAGGAGUUGGCUGGUGGAAUUGGUGAACGCAACACAUUACCCACAAUUUUUUCUAAUGUCCGCCCACGUUUGACACAGCUUCUACUGUCUGCUUUGCAAGUUGAAAGUGAUCCUUUGAACACCCAUAUUCUUUUAGGCGGUCUGGCGAGCUUAAUUCACGACUUGGCAGCAUUUGAGCAGUCGGAGCACAACGCAGUAUCAUUGGCUUCCCACAAUUAUCCGUCCACACCCAUGCAAACCGAUUCUGCAUCAAACGUUAUGUCUUCAACUUCAGAUACCCAUAGCUGUCACAGCACAAGUUCAAACUCCUAUCCCAGUGUGAGUGAGAUCACAUUAGAUUCCCAUCUUGAAAACGAUGCUUCCUAUUCAGAGAGAAUCUCAUACUCUGGCCCUCUAUUAACAUUUCCUUUAGGAUCGUUUCACGGGUUAGUAAACGCUACUUUCCACCUAGUAUCGUGCAAACUUCUUGCAGUUUGGAAAGCAGAUCUAAAUACAUCUCUAGCCGCGCUAGAAUUACUAGGUUUCUUGGCGGAGGUUUUGGCGAAGUUACGAGUCUCUGAUCAAAAUGUAGGAGAAAGUCGUCGAAUUGUUCGUGUUUUAUGCGAAUAUAUUUCUGUGCAAUGUUCGCGGCCACCACCGGCUCAUUCCAAAGACCUUCAUUCAACGAUUGUUGCAGCUUAUACAUGUUGUGCCUCCUGGCUGUUCGCUCAUCCUUUUUUAGCAACAGACAGCGAAUGCUUGCAUCUUAUUCUUCAAGUAAUCGAAUUGGGAAUAUCUGGAUCAAAAUCCCAGACAGGAAAAAAUGGAGAAAGUAUUCAGGCAAAGCACGAAAAACUCUUGAAGCCAGUAUCUCUUCGAGUUCGUGACGCCGCAGAAUUUUUGCUAACCUCAUUGAUAGAACAAGUUGGUAAUUUCCCUUCACUAACUGGGCCUGGUUCUCCGUCCUGCAUUUUAAAUGAAGAGGACCUUUUCAAUAAGUCAAAUCUUAUGAAAAGUAAUUCCAACAAACCUCAUUUAUCCGCUGCUCAACAUUUUCGAUAUUUCGCUGCGUCUGAAGGCACAAUAAUUCUUGGUGUAUUGGAGCAACCCUCCAACAAAAUACUAGAUUCCGACCCCAUGGUUACAAUUCUAAUCCGUAAUCAAUUUGGCCGCCAAGUUUGGGCAUCACAAAUACGUCACUUACCACGGCAUAAAUGUGGUGUUUAUAGUUACACGGUCAAUCCUGGUCGACCUCUGCCUAUGAAUGACGUAGGAUCACUAUUAAGCUUUGAUCCACAGUACUUUCCUGACUCUGUUGAUAGAGUUCGACCUUGUUUGGCGGAUAAAACACUACCCAGUUUGGAAACCCCUUUAAUGAUCGACGAUCGUAUAGCCGCAGAGUUGGAUAAACUUGGAAGACUUGUCGAUUCGGCAUCAACUCUUACAGUCUCGGAAAUUCAAGAAGACAUUGAGAUUAAAUCGGAAUGCCAGUCCCCUCUUCUCUGCAAUGAAUUUCAAACGGCCCGAUUAUUUCUGUCACACUUGGGAUUUCUCUCCGUUGAUGGACUUCAAUUUACUUUUGAUAAACAUACAUCGAUUCAGGAAAAUUCUCUUCGAGGAAAUUCGUUGGUUGGAUUAGAUUCAACUUCAUCACAUUUCUUUGAAGAUUUAGAUUCCUUGGACCGGUUGGGAAGCCGCAGUCACGAUACCGUUUACGUAUUUUAUGUUCGGUCAGGACAAAAAGACAGUUACGAAAUCCUCUCAAAUAUGAGCUUGGCCUCGUCUCUAAAUCCUCAUUUUCUGGAAUUUUUGCAAGCUUUAGGUUGGCCACAAGACUCGUUGACUACAGCACAGGCCAAACCAAUGUCGAAAGAAAGCAUGGACUUGAAUUCCAAAGCUAAUGCCUAUCAAAUGACUUCUCAAUGUCUUUACUGGGCUGACGGAGUUUCCGAAAUCCUAUUUGUGGUUCCUGCGUUGAGCUGUACAUCUCCGUCAUUUAUAUCUUCUCCAUUUCAUGAGCCUUCGUCACUGAACGACUCGCCUCAGAAUCAGUUGGGAAAGGAACAAAAAAAUAUCAAUUUUUCCAAGAGAUUAACCAAAGACAGUGCAUACAUUUCCGAAGUUAGAAUGCUAGUCGUAUGGUGCGAAAGUUAUGAAGAUCACACUACUAUUCCCAUUGGUGAUUUACUGGAGACGAUUUCUAGCUGUCGUGAUAACGGAGGGCAACAGAAAGCAGAUGUAGUAAGCGAUUGCUUUGUUAUUUUUAUUCAUGCACAACAAUCUGGACUGUACCGCAUACAUUUGCAAGGACCAAAUUCUAAAGUGAAUUUAGCUACACCGUUGGUAGACGGAAUUGUUGUGUCUCGCCGAGCCCUUGGUUCACUAGUGCGGCAAACUGCUGUGAAUAUGGGGAAACGUCGACGACUAGAUCAUGACAGUUAUCAACUCCCCCACAUUCGCCGUAAACUGAAAGUAUCAGAAAUCGCAUCUAAAUAUCGCUCGGACAUGGAUGUUCCAUCAUUUUAUUCAAAUCUGUUCUGUAAUCCUGAAGUAGGAAGUUAAUGUAAUUGUUAUUAGAAAAGCUGUUAAAAUCCGUAACCCACAUUAAAAUUGAAUAUAAUAAAUAAAACUAAUUGAAAUGCAAUUUCUGUUUGAAUCAA